GAGGCCCCUGGAUUCGACUCACAUCCAUGCUUCUCGAAUUGAGCUCCAAAGUAGACUUCACAAACACGUUCCCAGACUUAGCCAUUUUCAGGCAGUUUCCCAGUUUUGGCAUAGCCUUUUGAUCAGGUUCAAAAAUGGUCUUCUGGACUUUCUAUCGAGCUCCCAAGUACUGUAAUGUGUAGAGGGACACUUCAGUUUCAAAACAAGUCAUUAAUCUCCAAUUUCCAUCUAGCCAAUUGUAAGAUAUGAAUCUCCAAAGUAGGCACCAUGAAACUGUUUUUACACUGAAACAAUAGAUUAGGUCGACCUAAUCCUACAUGAGGUCGACCGAAAAGUGCAUGUCACCGUAGCAAAGUAGACACUCUUUAUCUAUCAAUCCAGUAGGUUGAAUAAAGAAUCGACCUACUACUUAGUAAACCAAUCAAUGUUUCUUCGUUUUAAGAUAAAAUUAGGUUGUGAUAGUUGCAAAAAUCAUAAACCUAAAAAUCCAAUAGCCACCACUUGUACAUCCAAAUUUUUAUCUCGAGAGGCAGAUGUUUCAACCAAAAAUAAAAUUUCUAAUCCUCCUUCUACAAAUCCAUUCAUUGAAAUCCAUUCUAAUCGCCAUGGAUUGAUAUCGAAGUUGAAAUCUUCUACUUGCCCAUCUUAAAUCCCCAACAAUAAAACCAUAGUGUCAAGAGAUACCGGAAGAUUGAUUUUCAAAGGCGGCCUUGUACUGGGAACUUAAAAGGGCGCAAAAUUUUGAAAGAGAUAAGAACAAAGAUAAAAAAAAAAAUUGAAAAUUGCAAGGACAAAACACGUAGUAAUAAAAUUAGUUUCUUCCAUGAGAUGGACCACUUGGCGUGCUUUAUGUCGCCAUAAAUCAGUGGGGGGCUUGGCUUUCGUGACUUAGACUCCAAUAACAUUGCAUUGCUUGCCAAACAAGCCCGGAGGAUCGUCCAGGAUCCAGAUAGCCUCUUAGCUACCACAUACAAAGGCAGGUAUUUUCCCAACUCCUCUUUUCUUCAUGCUACUGUGGGUACGCGCCCUUCAUGGGCAUGGCAGGGUGUUCUUUUGGGUAGGGAUCUUUUGGCCCAAGGUCUUCGUUGGUUAAUUGGUUGUGGAAUUUCGGUUCACAUUACGAAUGAUGUUUGGCUUCCCACUUCCCCUCCUUCUAAGCCGAUUCUGCUUCCUAGGGUUGUCUUACCUGACUCAUUUGUUUCUUGCCUAAUAAAUCAUGGUCAAGGUUCUUGGAAGGAGAACGUUCUUUCAUACCUCUUUGAUACUGCCACUGUCAAGAUCAUCAUGGCUAUUCCUCUACCGAUUUUUCCUGUGGCUGACCACUUGAUUUGGCAUUAUGAAGUUUCAGGUGAAUAUUCUGUGAAAUCUGGUUAUCGUUUAGCUGCGGCUGAGUACAUUGUUGAUGUUUCCACGAUUCCAUCGUCCUUUGACUGCCGCUCUUGGAAGUUUCUUUGGUCCCUUCCUGUUCCCCCAAAGCUAAAAAUUUUUCUUUGGCGCGUGGUUAAAGGGUUUCUCCCUGUUCGAGAUGUGUUUCGUGAUAAGGAAUUGAUAGCUGAUGAUGAUAUUGAGGCUUACGCUUGUCCUGUCUGUGGUGGUGAGGCAGAGACUCUUGCUCAUUGUUUUUUGCAUUGUCGGAUUGCUUUGGAGUUGUGGGAUUUGUUGGGGUACAAUCAUAUUCUUGCUCAAAUUUGCUUGUGCCAUGUUGCGAUAGAUUGGCGUAGGCUAUUUUUUGAUGCAAGUUUAUCCAAAGUAGAGAUUUCACGGUUGGUUUUUCUGUACUGGAGGCUCUGGAAGUCCAGAUGUUCGGCUACUUAUGAUGGUAUUCAGUAUCUCUCUCAUGUUUUAUUACGUCAUUAUUACUCUCAGGUUGCUGAAUGGGUGCUAGCACAGGCUCAUCCGGAGAGAUCUUUGCCUCGUUGUUCCCCUGUUUCUAGCGGGGUUUUACCUCGUGAUCACCCCCCUCCUUCCAUACCUCCUGGUUCAGUGUUGGUUCACUUUGAUGGUGCCACCAAAUCUUUGGUCGGAUGUGCCAUUGGUUUUGUUGGCUUUGCAGAGGCUAAUAACUCUAUUUUUGCUUGGGGGCGUUUUAUUCCGAAUAUUGAUGACUCAUUUCUCGCAGAGCUCCUGGCCCUUCGCGACUCCUUACGUUGGUGCAUGGCUCACUCGAUCACUAAUGUUUCAUUUUGUGGGGAUGCGCAGGUGAUCGUUCGGAUGAUUAAUGCGAAGGACUCGGCGCACGCGGUGGGCGGAGCUCUCCUCCAAGAGAUUCAGGUGUUGCGGGCUUCUUUCCUUCGUGCAACGUUCCAUUUCGCUCUCCGUAGGUAUAAUAGGGCUGCCCAUAUCGUGGCAAGACAAGCCCUUGGAGCGAUGGUGCAGACACUUGUCGACCAUCGUGUUUUAUUUAUUUAAUUUUCCUAGCCUGGUCUUAGGAGGCCUUGUAUUUUGUCGUAUCUUUGCUGCUUCCCUCUCGGGGUAACUUUGGAAAAAAAAUAUUUUCUUCCAUGUUAGUCAAUUACCAAUUUACCUUAAGCGAAAAUUAAGGAGAGAGCAGAGAUUUUAAAAUUGAGAAAAUUACAUGAAAAUCUGAUAUGAAAAUUGAAGUAUCAAGAACCAUAAAAAACAUACGGAAGAUUUAGUGGUCUUGCUAAUCAUGAUGGAAAAGUCCUUCGAUUUUCAGAGUUAAACUUCGUGUAUGUUUUGUACUAAAACAAAGAUAUAAAAAAUUUGUUAAGAGUAAUUUUUUGUAAUUAUUGUCUUUGUUUCAAGAGACCCGAGUUCAAAUAUAGGUAUUGAUGCUUUUUAACUCUGAUUUUGGGUAUGGUGAAAUUCCAACUAGUCAAAUUAUAUUUGAGUAAUUUUACUUUUGAAAUAGAUUUAUACCUAGUAUUUUAUUUGGGUCUAAAUUAUACAUAGUAUUGGUUUACCAAAAAAAUGGAUAUCCAAUUCAAAUGAGUUUUUGCCUUAUUUUUUGUUAUGAAAUAAACAAAAAGGUGGAAACCAAACAUAAAGGUGGAUUCGAAUUGAAGAGUUAAUGAGUUGAACAUAAAGGUGGAAACCCUGCUCUUGGAUGAAACCCUAACUUCUCCUCUUCUCUUGUUCGUCACCUUCUCACUCUAGAAAUCUGAAGAAGAAGAAGACGAAGAAGUCUCUCUCACUAGGUUCCUCCUCCUUCUCUUUCAGCUCAGCCCCCUUUAUAUACCGAGAUCUAGUGAUGGCAAUGGGUCGGGCGGAGCGGGUAUCUCAAUACCCAUGCCCCACCCCAUGCUACUACGAGUUGAGGCGCGUAAUACCCACGCGGGUACGGGUCGAUCCACUCUUACAUGUUAUUUGAAAAAAUACAAGCCAAAAUUUACUUUUUACGAGAAAACGAAGGGGGAAAAGACUUCAUGAUUGAAUAAUAGUGAUAAUAUAAUGGGUAAUUGGGCUUAUUUAGUUGAAAAUCAAGUCUAACUAGUUGAAGAAAAGCCAAAAUAUGAGAUAUAUGAAUGGAUAUCAUAAGAAAUUGACCUAGAACAGGGCGGGGCGGGGAAGGGCAAGGCAGGUCGAAAGUUGAUGUCCGUGCCCCGCCCAAUGCUACAGCGGGUCGGGUAAUACCCGCCCCAUCGCGGGUCAGGUCGGGUAAUACCCGACGGGGCGGGUUCAAAUUGCCAUCUCUACCCAGAUCGACGGUGUUUCACGGUCUAGUUCAAGGUCGUGAACAUUUGGCUUGGACUCUGAUGUCGAGCAAAGACGCACUGUUUCAUUAAGGUGCUUCAUGGUAUGGAGUUGGUCUUCACGGUCAAGCGACCGUGAGCUGCUUUAUGCUCGCGAGAUGGACUCCUCGCUCUUUACGGCCAACGCCUCUUCUUCACAGUCUGGAUGACCGUGAACCUCUGGCCUCCACAAUGAACUGAUGUUGUUGCU